GUUUCCUGUGCGUACUCACUUGAUGGAAGGAGCUGUGCCGUGGGUCUUCACAACGGCACGAUCAGUGUGUAUGAUACCACAACCUGGUCGAAAGCCCUCACGUUAAGCGGCCAUACCAACGGGGUUACAAGCGUGGCAUAUUCACCAAGCGGCCAGCAGAUCGCCUCGGGCAGUCGGGAUAUGACAGUGCGGCUGUGGGAUACGCAAACCGGUGUAUCUGGUGUAGUGUUAACCGGCCAUACCAGCGAAGUUACAAGCGUGGCGUGUUCGCCAAGCGGCCAGCAGACUGCCUCGGGUAGUGAAGACAAGACGGUGCGACUGUGGGAUGUGAAAUCCGGCCAAUGUUUGGUAGUCGUUAAUGGGUUCAUGGAUGCAUCUCCAGCAUCACGUGGAUCACGGCUCCCGACGGUACCUAUUUCGCAACCGGCUGUGGUGAUAAGUCCGUUUGCAUGUGGCAGCUAAUAGAAGGAGGGAACGACUAUCGUGUACGCCUGCAUUGGAGUUCGAACUAUGGUGGGCUUGUCGUGUCGGGUUUAAUUAUCCAUGAAGCACAAGGCCUGAGCAUAGUAAAUGCGAAGCUGUUGCAGCAGCAUGGCGCUGUGGGCGACCCAGUCCCUCCUUUGAGCUUCCGCGGAACUAGCAAGAAGCUGAUCACCAUGUCAACUGUUGAACCUCAGCUUGGGAUGCAGUCAAACCGCGGCAUGUCGAAUACCCUCCCUGCGGCUGAUCCCUCCGGUAAAGAGUCAGUAAAGCCGGUUGCAUAGGUGGAGGUGAUAUGGUUAGGAAGUUGGUAAUGGCGGCUCGACUCUUAUCCUUUGCAAGACUUCUGGUGCAUGGACGCGCCUCCAGAAGAAAAUAAACACCCAAUUCUCUUGCCCGACAAAUCCCAAAAGAAUAAUUGCAGCUAUAGCAAAGGACUGAGCACUUAUUGUGCUAAAAAACCACAGAGCGAGGCAGGAAAGGAUGACGUCUAGGGUUAUGGGCAACCACGGUCGUAUAAAUGCUGGCUAGGACUGCACGCUGCUUUAUCCUUUACGCACAUUGCAACGAGUUUGAAUUAGAACAAGACCAGUUAUAUAUCACCAGCCCAGUUCACCAGAUAGUAUAUUUAGCGAUCUGUACCCGCACAGACACAACUAUUUAAGAGCACGGUUGCCAAUUGAUAGAACCUCAGUCUUUGUCUAAUAAACAUAUAUUCAAC